UUCCAAACAUGGAUUCUAACAACAGCGAAGGCAAGAUGAACAACGAUGGAGACAUUACUUCUGUUAUGGGAUUCUCUGGCUUUGGAAAGAAGGCCCGCACGUUCGACCUGGACGCCAUUUUUGAACAGACCCGACGAACGGCCAUCGAGAGGAGUCGCCAAGUUUUAGAUGAGAGGCAGAUGGAAAUGGAGGAGCAAGGGGAACGCUCAACAUCGGUCCCCACGCCAAAAGACGCACAGAAGGCAACCAGGAAGGACAUCAGCAGCUCAGACGCUGAACCUGUCGGCCCGCCACCACCUCCAAAAGACUCAAGGCAGGAGGAGGAGGAGGAUGGUGAUGCCGUCGAUGAUGAUGAUGAUGAUCUUGUCGGACCCCCUCUUCCCCCUGGUUACAAAGGUGACGCCACUCAAAGUGACAGCGACGACGAAGAUGAAGACGAGGAGCAAAAUGAGGACGAUGACAAUCCCAUCAAGAAGAUUCCGGACACUCACGAGAUCACCCUUCUGCACGGCACCAAGACGGUUUCCGCUAUGGCCUUGGACCCGUCGGGUGCCCGCCUGGUGACGGGCGGCUACGACUUCGACGUGCGCUUCUGGGAUUUUGCCGGCAUGGACCGAGCUCUGCAGGCCUUCCGCUCCCUGCAGCCGUGCGACUGUCAUCAGAUCCGAGCGUUGCAGUUCAGCAUCACCGGGGACCGCAUCCUGGUGGUGUCGGGAAACGCGCAGGCCAAAGUCUUGGACCGCGACGGCUUCAACGUGAUGGAGUGCAUCAAGGGAGACCAGUACAUCGUCGAUAUGGUCAACACCAAGGGCCACACGGCGAUGCUCAACGACGGCUGCUGGCAUCCCAAAAUGAAAGAGGAGUUCAUGACGUGCUCCAAUGACGGAACCGUGCGAACGUGGGACGUAACGUCGGAAAAGAAGCACAAGUCUGUGUUUAAGCCUCGCUCUUUCCAAGGGAAGAAGGUCACCCCCACAUGCUGCACCUACAGCCGCGACGGGAAGCUCAUAGCGGCCGGCUGCCAGGACGGAACCAUCCAGAUCUGGGACAGAAACCUCAGUGUGCACACCAAGUUCCACUGUCGGCAAGCUCACACUCCAGGAUCCGACAUCUCCCGCCUUUCCUUUUCCUACGACGGCACCAUCCUUGCUUCACGUGGAGGUGAUGACACACUGAAGAUUUGGGAUAUACGCAACUUCAAGAAGCCCUUAAACAUGGCCAAUGGACUGACUAACUACUUUGCUAUGACCGACUGCUGUUUUAGCCCAGACGACCAGCUCGUCGUAACGGGGACCUCCGUGAAAAAAGACGAGGGCAACGGGAAGCUGGUCUUCUUUGACCGAUCCACCUUUGAGCGGGUGUACGAGAUAGAAGUCACUAAUGCGAGUGUGGUGCGCUGCCUGUGGCACCCCAAGCUCAACCAGAUCAUGGUGGGAACCGGAAACGGGCUGGCCAAGGUCUACUACGACCCCGUCAAGAGCCACAGGGGGGCUAAGCUGUGCGUGGUGAAGAGUAAGAUCAAAGAGAAGCACGCCGAGGCGUUAACCCAGGAGUACGUCAUCACACCUCAUGCCUUGCCCAUGUUCAGAGAGGCCCGGCAGAGGAGCACUCGCAAGCAGCUGGAGAAGGACCGACUGGACCCCAAGAAGUCCCACAAACCCGAGCCUCCCGUGUCUGGACCAGGUCGAGGCGGCAGAGUGGCGGCACACGGCGGCACCCUGUCGUCGUUCAUCGUGAAGAACAUCGCCUUGGAUAAAACGGACGACAGCAACGCUCGGGAGGCCAUCUUGCGUCACGCCAAGGAAGCGUCGGAGAACCCGUACUGGGUGGCCCCGGCCUACAAGAAGACGCAGCCCAAUCCUGUGUUUGCAGAGGACUCCGAGGAGGACGAGGAAGCUGACAAGGAACCGGAGUGGAAGAAGCGUAAGAUCUGAAGCCUCAGACAUCAGAACUUCUUCUUAUAUUCAGACUCUUAAGCGGACUCAAGGUUUCUUACAUACAACACCCGCUCAUGCGCCGAACAGAGUUACUUUCUAGGGUAAACUUUGUUUGUCUUUUUUGUGCAAACGUGAUCUCAGUGUAAGGAAGAUGCAAGUUUAUGGUCCCCAAAACCAAACUCUCAUUUGUCUCCUUUUUGUCACCAUUCACCAUUUUUUCCCUACAUCCUUUAGAUUUUAAAUAAACAGAUCAGGCAGACGUCAAAUAACCUAUAAAUGACUUUAUCCUACUAAACUAUCAGUGCAGAUUUAUAGUGGAGACUUCUGAUUCCACCAUAUGCACUUCUAGUUAAAGCUGGCGUCACAAAAUCAUUUACAAGCUAAUUUUUCCCGUCUAUUAAAUUGUGCACCACAAGCUUGUAUAUGUUCUGCAAUGUAUUCACCAACAAAGUCAAGUAUGAUUGGUCACUUUUUAUUCGCUUAUCUUACUGCAACCUGGUCCUCUGAAAACGGUGUUACUGUAGGAACUGUAUACUUAUACAAUACUCAUUUCACUGUGGAUAAUGAGACAGUCUUACAAGGACAUUUCUACCUUUUUUUUAUACUUGCGUGUAAUUGUCUGAACAGAUGAAUGUGGCACAUUCAGGCAUCUGGAAAAUUGCACCCAAGGAUGAAACACCUUUGUGCAAGUCCACAUUUAUCUUCCUGACAUCUUGGCUGAUUUCUUUUGACUUUCCCAGGAGAGCUAGCAGCUCACGUAGCUAGCAUGUGUUCUUGAACAAACCUCUGAUAUUAGCAUUGAUUUGCAACUCUGUUACUUUAAGUAGAAUGAUACUAAAAUUAAAUUAGUAUUCAAUUACAAUUUUGCUGUAUUUAAUUGGAAUGGAUUUAUUCAGCAAUAUUUUUAAAAUACUAUAUGUUUUUCAGGGGUAUGAGUAUCUGUACAGCCAAAUUUAAACCAUUUUCAAAGAUUAACUCUGGCCGUAACAGUUAUUUGAACCUGUUUGUUCAAUAAUGUGAAGCUAUACGUUACUUUUAAGUUUCGAGUUUUAAGCUGCAACUUCCCAUCGGUUGUGUACUGUACAUGAUUGUUUUUACUCCAUAGAAACAAAAGUCUUGAGCCCCCUGACUCACGAUUGUGUUUACUGUACGACCCUGGCGGGCGGGCGG